ACUUCACGGCUUGAUCCAUGCCUUCUCUUGUUGAUUUGUUUUGGCACAGGCCUUGGAAGCGUUUUUCUACUUUUGGGGGCAUGGUGGUUAUGCAUCAUAAUAAAGAAAAGGAAGGAUGGCAAGCUUAAACAGAAGUUUUUCAAACAGAAUGGUGGUUUACUUUUACAACAACACUUAACUUCAUCAGAUGGCAGUGUUGAUAGUAGCAAACUGUUCAACUCAAAAGAAUUAGAAAAGGCCACGGACCAUUUUAAUGUGAAUAGAAUACUUGGUGAGGGAGGUCAAGGCACGGUAUAUAAAGGAAUGUUAUCAGAUGGAAGAAUAGUUGCUGUAAAGAAGUUUAAGGUAGUUGAUGAAAGGAAGGUUCAUGAAUUCGUUAACGAGGUUGCCAUUCUUUCCCAAAUCAACCAUAGAAAUGUGGUUAAACUAUUGGGAUGUUGUUUGGAGACUGAGGUUCCUUUAUUAGUUUACGAAUUCAUCCCUAAUGGAACCCUUUUUCAAUAUCUUUAUCAUCAAAAUGAAGAACUUUCACUCACAUGGGGUAUGCGUUUGCGAAUUGCAGUAGAAGUUGCAGGAGCUGUUUCUUAUUUGCACUCGGCAGCUUCCUUACCAAUUUAUCAUCGAGACAUCAAAUCUACCAAUAUUCUAUUGGAUGAAAAGUUCAAAGCAAAAGUAGCGGACUUUGGGACUUCAAAAUCAAUUUCUAUUGAUCAAACUCAUGUGACAACAAAAGUACAGGGAACUUUUGGGUACUUGGACCCAGAGUUUUUUCAAUCAGGUCAAUUCACAGAUAAAAGUGAUGUUUAUAGUUUUGGAGUAGUUCUUGUUGAGCUUUUGACCGGACAGAAACCAACAUCUUUAAUGAGAUCAGAAGAAAGCGGAAGUUUGAUUGCAUAUUUCAUUACUUGUGUGGAGCAGAACUGUCUAAAUAAUAUUAUAGAUGCACAAGUACAAAGCCAAGGUAGGAAAGAGGAGAUCGUUGCAGUUGCUAACCUUGCGAAAAGAUGUUUAAACCUAAAUGGGAAGAAAAGACCGACAAUGAAAGAAGUAUCGAUGGAGUUGGAAGGAAUUCAAGCAUGGCAAAAAGAAGUUGCGGUUGAGUUGGAAGGAGUUCAAGCAUCACAAAAAGAUGAUGGUAUGCAGCAAACUUAUCAAGAGAUUAAGUAUGACAAUACCGAAGUAUUUGAGAUUGCGGGUUGGGAUGUUGGUUCUUCUUCUACAUCUACUUUUGAACGUGUAGGUUCAUCAUCAGUAGACGUUCAACCACUAUUAACUAGCUAGCACACCAUAUUAUGUAAAUUUGUGUAUUGCAGUGCCUAUUAUACUUGUGUUCAUGUUGUGAAACAAUUUAGGCCUUAUGCUGUAUUAUGAUACCACUUAAUUUCAAUAAUCGUUCAAGACUUGCCAUCUUUUGUGUAUUCA